AUGCCCCAAGAGCUGGGCGCUGGUCCCAGAACCUUGACACCACAGUGCCACCCCACGCCAGCAACUGCUACAGCCAAUGACUGGGUCAGGGUCUUCCUGGACAGUGUGCACUGGCAGCUAUUGGCUCUGGACACUGUGCAUCAGAGACUGCAGGGUGUCCCAGACUCCCUUAGCACACAAAUGCCUUUCAGUGCUGGCAAUGAAAGGGGAGGAUCCUCGGGGUUAUCUCGGCCUUGGCCUUCUCACACUCUGUGGACUGGCAGCUGUCUCACAAGAGCAAGCUACAUCCCUUGGAACCUCCAUGAGCAAGAGAGGGGGAAAUUUGACUUCUCUGAGAUCCUGGACCUGGAUUCCCAACAGGCUCUGCUGAAGAGAGGGAUUGUAGAGUUCCUCUUGACCUCAGAUAAUGACAGUGGGAUUGAGACUGGCUCUGUCAAAGGAGUAUUGACUACUGUCAACAUGCCAUCCUUUGUGAAGGAUUCUUUUCUUAAGCUUCAUCAAAUGCAGAAUGAUAAACCCAUUAUGGUUAUGGAAUAUAUGACUGGCUGGUAUGACACAUGGGGGGACAGACACAAAGUUAAAAGUGCAACUGAAAUCCAACUUACUGUGUCUAGAUUUCUCAGAUCUGGAAUCUCCUUCAACAUGUAUAUGUUCCAUGGUGGAACCAACUUUGGUUUUAUAAAUGGAGCCCAGAAUUUCCACCAGCACCGAGGUGUUGUGACUAGCUAUGACUAUGAUGCCGUGCUGACCGAGGCUGGAGAUUACACAGAAAAGUAUUUCAAGAUGCGGAAACUGAUGCGGAAACUGUUUGCUUCUGCUUCAGCAGGUUCCCUGCCUCGCUGGCCUCUUAUUACUCCCAAGACUGUAUACUUUUAUGUGGAUCUCUUAUUCUACUUGUUAUUGUUUGAAAUCCUAUCAUACUUAAAUAAGCCUGUCAUGUUAUACACUCCAGUUACCAUGGAGAAUCUUCCAAUAAAUAACAGCAGUGGUCAGCCCAUUGGAUUGGUCCUCUAUGAUAUUAUUUGCUCUGGUGGCCAGCUCUAUGCUCAUGUCCGCGAUUCAGCACAGAUGUUCUUGAAUGACACAAGGGUAGGAGAUCUGGAUGAGGAUACUUACAACCUGACUAUUCCUCAAAUUCAGGAAUGUCAGCUUCUGAGGAUCCUGGUUGAGAAACAAGGCCGGGUCCAUUAUUCAUGGAAUAUUCAAUAUGAGUGGAAAGGCAUAGGUGGGAAUGUUAAAAUCAAUGGCACUUUGCUGACAAAUUUCACCAUCUAUUCUCUGGACUUGAAGAUGAAUUUCUUCAAGAGGCUCUGUUCUGCCACCUGGAGGCUUGCUCCAGAAAAUUAUCUAGGUCCUGCCUUCUAUAGGGGCACCUUGAAGGCUGGCUCUUCUCCCAAGGAUACCUUCUUGGACCUUGCAAACUGGCAUUAUGGGCUUGUGUUCAUCAAUGGACGCAAUCUUGGAAGAUAUCAGGACAUUGGGCCUCAGAGAACACUGUACCUUCCUGGCCCCUGGCUUCAGCCAAAAGACAAUGAGGUUAUCGUGUUCGAGAAGAUGAAGUGUUUUUAUAUCCAAACUACAAACAAACCCCAGCUGCAUGACUAG